GAAUCUGAAAGAAGAACUUCUUAGUUUGGAAGAAGACCUGCUUAAACUCACCGACGACCUUCAGCAGGAAGCUCAAUGUAUACCAAAUUUGACCCAUCCAGAUGUUCCAAUAGGCGGGGAAGAUUGUGCAACCAUAAGAAAGAUGGUUGGUACCCCACGCGAGUUUAGCUUCCCUGUAAAGGAUCAUCAACAACUCGGGAAAGAGCUUGAUCUUUUUGAUUUUGAUGCUGCUUCAGUGGUCAGUGGAUCAAAGUUUUAUUAUCUGAAGAAUGAAGCAGUUAUGUUAGAGAUGGCGCUUAUUAACUGGACACUAUCACAAGUUAUGAAAAGUGGCUUUACACCACUAACAACCCCAGAACUUGUCAGGUCUUCUGUUGUUGAAAAAUGUGGUUUUCAACCUCGUGGAACAAACACACAGGUCUAUUCUAUUGAGGGUAGUGACCAGUGUCUCAUAGGCACUGCAGAGAUUCCAGUUGGGGGAAUUCAUAUGGAUUCUAUUAUUUCUGAAUCAUUGCUACCCCUAAAGUAUGUGGCAUUCUCCCAUUGCUUCCGUACCGAAGCCGGUGCUGCUGGUGCUGCAACAAGGGGUCUGUAUCGGGUUCACCAGUUCAGUAAGGCAGAGAUGUUCAUCAUCUGCCGACCGGAUGAGAGUGAGAUGUAUCUUGAGGAGCUCAUCAGAAUUGAAGAAGACAUGUUCUCGUCCCUUGGACUACAUUAUAAAAUCUUGGAUAUGGCUUCUGGUGAUUUAGGUGCUCCUGCUUACCGCAAAUAUGAUAUCGAGGCAUGGAUGCCUGGUUUAGAACGGUUUGGCGAGAUAUCGAGCGCAUCAAAUUGCACAGAUUAUCAAAGCCGUCGCCUUGGUAUCCGAUAUCGCCCCUCGGAAACAUUAGCAGGGAGCACCCCUAAAAAGGGGAAGAGUAACCGUGCACCACCACAGUUUGUUCACACCUUAAAUGCGACAGCAUGUGCUGUACCGCGAAUGCUCGUAUGUCUGCUUGAGAAUUACCAGCAAGAAGACGGCUCUGUCAUUAUCCCUCGCCCACUGAGGCCAUUCAUGGGUGGCCUUGAGCUUAUUACUCCCAAGUCUAGAUAAGGAGGCCUCACUACUCUCUUAUUCUUCGAGUAUAAGUAAUGAACGCAGUGUCAUUUUCUUUUAGCUUCUCGCAUGCAUAGGCCUACUUAGACCAACACAUUUUGCCUUUUUUUUUUUUUACAUUAUCUCUAUCAAUAUUCUAAGGAAAAUUGUAAAUUAGUUUGAUUCAUAUUUUACAAAAUUGCACUGCGUAUAAUAACUUCUUGUCAUGUGAAAAAAUUUCA